AUGGAGGAAGAUAGAAGACAAACAGACCUGGGCACAGCAGCCGAUAUCGAAGAAGCUCAGCUCGCUCAGACGAGUCAAUCCCCCGCCUUCCAAAAUGAGCCAGAGACAGCAACACCACUGAAGCAGCCAAAGAAGAGAUUCAUAGGACGAAGAGCAGCAGUUGAGGCCGCGGCAGUGCUCGGAGCAUCAGGGGAGAGCGGUGCUGUUCAGACUGCCAAACCUCGGAGGGCUCCCAGACUUCUAAAUCAAGUUCCUAAGGACAUUCUUGAGAACGCUGAUCUGAAGGCUGCCAUUGCGUUAUUGCCUGCUAACUACAACUUUGAGAUCCCCAAGACGAUCCACCGCAUUCAAACUUCAAACGCCAAGAGAGUUGCGUUACAGAUGCCCGAGGGCCUUUUACUCUUUGCCACUACUAUAUCAGAUAUCUUGACGCAGUUCUGCCCUGGUGUCGAGACACUCAUUAUGGGCGAUGUGACUUAUGGCGCUUGUUGUAUCGAUGAUUACACAGCAAGGGCCCUUGGUUGUGACCUGCUGGUGCACUAUGCUCACAGUUGCCUCAUCCCCGUCGACGUGACCACGAUCAAAACUCUAUACGUCUUUGUCGACAUCAGCAUUGAUGCGACACAUCUCCUAGCAUCCCUUGAGCGCAACUUUGCCAGUGGCAAAACCAUAGCUGUUGUCGGCACUAUUCAGUUUAACGCUACUAUCCAUGGCGUCAAAAGCAGUCUCGAGCGCGGUGGCUUCCGUGUUCUCGUUCCCCAGAUUGCACCAUUGAGUAAGGGUGAAAUUCUGGGCUGCACUUCUCCUCGUCUGAAAGACGACGACAAUAUCGAUCUGAUCCUGUACCUGGGUGAUGGUCGUUUCCACCUUGAGAGUAUCAUGAUUCACAACCCUUCUAUUCCAGCCUAUCGAUACGACCCUUACUCUCGAAAGCUCACGCGGGAGGCGUACGGCCAUGAGGAAAUGCAGUCUCUCCGUCGUACAGCCAUCCAUAGCGCUCGUACAGCACGCAAAUGGGGCCUGAUUCUUGGCGCCCUUGGCCGCCAGGGCAACCCGCAUACAUUGGGCCUCAUCGAGAAAGAGCUCAAGGCGCGAGGCAUUCCUAUCGUGCACUUGCUCCUAAGUGAGAUCUUUCCGGGCAAAUUGGCGCUCAUGUCGGAUGUCGAGUGCUGGGUACAGGUUGCUUGCCCUCGAUUGAGUAUUGAUUGGGGUUAUGCAUUCCCGCGGCCGUUGCUAACGCCGUACGAGGCACUUGUUGCAUUGGGCGAGCGACAAGAUUGGGGUGAAGGUGUCUAUCCCAUGGACUACUACGGAAAGGACGGGCUAGGAAGGACAAGGCCUUUGCAGAUUGCCUCAGGAUAG